AUGCAAGCCAAUCUGCAGCCAACGAAGUAUACCGGCCUUGUGGCCGAUCUGAUGCCCAACAUCAAGUUGAUGAAAUAUUCGGGCUUGUUUAUGCAUGCAUUCACCGGAGGCUCUGCAUUGCUGAAAAAUGUCUACUCAUCCAUACACUUGGUGCUGAUAGUGCUGCAGUUCAUCUUCAUCCUUGUCAACAUGGCCCUGAAUGCCGACGAGGUUAAUGAAUUGUCCGGCAAUACAAUUACGGCACUAUUCUUUACGCAUUGCAUUACGAAAUUCGUUUAUCUGGCAGUGAAUCAAAAGAACUUUUACAGAACACUUAACAUUUGGAAUCAGCCAAACUCCCACCCUCUGUUUGCGGAGUCGGAUGCUCGCUAUCAUUCAAUUGCUUUGGCUAAAAUGCGAAAGUUGUUCUUCUUGGUAAUGUUGACGACUGUGGCCUCGGCCGUUGCAUGGAUUACCAUUACAUUCUUUGGCGAGAGUGUCAAGUUCGCCACUGAUAAGGAAACCAACUCUACCAUUACCGUACCCAUUCCACGGCUGCCCAUUAAAUCAUUCUAUCCCUGGGAUGCAAGUAGUGGCAUGUUCUAUAUGAUAUCCUUUGGCUAUCAGGCCUACUACUUGCUCUUCUCUAUGGUCCAUUCGAAUUUGUGCGAUGUCCUUUUCUGUUCCUGGUUGAUAUUCGCCUGUGAACAGCUGCAGCAUCUGAAGGGCAUAAUGAAACCAUUGAUGGAGUUGUCAGCAUCGUUGGAUACCUAUCGACCUAAUUCGGCAGCAUUGUUUCGUUCGUUGUCGGCUAAUUCGAAAUCUGAAUUAAUUCAAAAUGAAGAAAAAGAACCUGUCAAUGAUUUGGAUAUGUCGGGCAUAUACAGUACAAAGGCGGAUUGGGGUGCCCAGUUUCGUGCUCCGUCAACUCUGCAGACCUUCAAUGGCAUAAACGGCGCCAAUCCCAAUGGCCUGACAAAGAAACAGGAAAUGAUGGUACGCAGUGCCAUCAAAUAUUGGGUUGAACGUCACAAGCAUGUUGUCAGAUUGGUAGCUGCUAUUGGUGAUACAUACGGUGCCGCCCUGUUGCUUCACAUGUUGACAUCGACCAUUAAAUUAACGCUGUUGGCGUACCAGGCAACCAAAAUCACGGGUGUAAAUGUUUACGCUUUCACUGUGAUCGGUUACUUGGGCUAUGCACUGGCCCAAGUAUUUCACUUCUGUAUUUUUGGCAAUCGUUUAAUUGAGGAGAGCUCAUCGGUUAUGGAAGCUGCUUAUUCUUGUCAUUGGUAUGACGGUUCGGAGGAGGCUAAAACUUUUGUGCAAAUCGUUUGUCAGCAAUGUCAGAAGGCCAUGUCUAUAUCGGGAGCAAAAUUCUUUACAGUUUCAUUGGAUUUGUUUGCAUCGGUCCUGGGUGCCGUUGUCACAUAUUUCAUGGUGUUGGUGCAACUCAAAUAAGACCAUCAAA